UGUGCAUGAGAGUGAGUUCUAAACCAUAGCAUUGUUCAGCACUGCUUGCCUCUCCCCAAACUGUUCUGCAUCCCUUGCACUGCUCUGCUGCAGGCAAAGCGACUCCAAGACCAUCAGUCCUGUAUCUAGGGUAAAAUUAUACCAUCAGAAGGAUUGUUUUAUUUUAUUUUGAGAGAGAGAAGAAAGAAAACAAACAUUACCUACCUGGAAGGCUGCAUUGGUAGUUUUAUGGCCACGCUGUUCUUUUAAGUAAAUAUGCUGCAUGUUUGGGCUCGCUCACGGCACAGAGCUCUGCUUCCUUACAUGUGUUGAGGAGAAGUGCUGGCCAUUGGGUUGCACACAUACUGACAAUAAUUGCAACAGCUUUUCCCUAAAUUACUCGCUGAUCUGGCAUUGCUGUUUGAAAUAGCGCAGUGUUUACUCAGCAGAGUGCAAUCUAUUGGCAUUUAUCAUGUAGAUCCCAAGGUGAGACCUGUAGGCAUUGACUCAAUGACUGUCCUGCUGCGCAGCCUUCCUGGCUUUUAGGUGCAUUUUUAGAAGCUGCCUUUUGCUGUGCCUCUGGCCUCUCAGCCCCACUGCCAGACAUGAGAGCAGCAAGCUGCCUGACCCUACUGUUGGGGCAUCAUCAGAACCUUUAACUAACAGAAUUUCUCACUGCUUUGGCAAUGAGUGCAUAUGAUUGAGAGUCUGAUGAUCUUCUGGUCAACAAAAAGAAAGAUGUGCAGUAACCUGUUCCAAGCCCUAAUACACUUCAUGGAUUGCACUUCAUGGUUUCUGGUUUUUGAAAUAUACCCAGUAGCUUGUAUUUUAGUUUGUGCUUAUCUAGGCCACAAAACGCAUUGGAUAAGUGACUGAUAAUUUAAGUUUCCCCUUGAAGGGUAUGUGCUACUACAUUUUCUUGGGCAUGGGCACUCACACAAAGAGUUUUCAGUUAUACAGUCGGGACUUCUUUUAGUUAUAUGUAAUUCUAGGUAACAGCCAUACAUUCCCUAUUUAAACUGAUAUUUUAUCUACUUCCACUUGCAGUUUGCUAAUAGAACCUAUCAAGCACUUGCAUUUGAAAGGCACUCAACCAUCAGACAUUACCAUAAGAAGCUAGAAGGAAUAGGUCUCUAGAAGUCUUUAAAUUCAUGGAUGAUUUCAAUUCUUAGCUUCUCUGGAAGAUGGGAUUCCAUUUGUCUGGUGCCCUGUGUCCUCGCAUCUCCCUGAGCUCCCUUAGGCUCUGGCUAUGGGUGGAAAGUAUUUAUGCAAGCAGAAUAAACAAUUUCACUUUCUGGAACCGCAGGCCUGCGACAGAGACCAGCAGUGUGGAGGAGGGAUGUGCUGUGCUGUCAGCCUAUGGAUCCGCAGCCUGCGGAUGUGCACACCGAUGGGCAAUGUAGGAGAGGAGUGCCAUCCUCUGAGCCACCGGGUGCCCUUCCCAGGGCGGCGGAUGCACCACACCUGCCCCUGCCUCCCCAGCCUGGCCUGCAUGCGGGCAUCACCCAGCAAGUUCAGGUGUUUGCCGGACUUCAGGAAAGAAGACGUCUUCUUUUAGCAGGAGCUGCUCGGUGCGAGGAGCCGCCCGUGUUCUGUUUGUUGUUGUGAUGAGCAAGGUACUCGUUGGGGACCCCUCACCCAUCCUUCCCUGCCUCACCAACAUCACAGUGAUGAUGCUGUACUGUGCUGUAGCGGCCAAAGUUUUCUGAAGGACUUUCAUUUUGGGGUGGGCGAAGUGGGAUUUGCUGCGCAGUGCAGAUUUCAGACAUCAGCUCUGUUGCUGGACAGUCCUAUUGUCUGUGUGGCUCCAGCUUAACACCAGAAUGAAACCAGCCACAAUAGUUAUCACCUUUGGAAAACUUUGGCUGCGUUUUUACACUUUGGAAUGCUUGAAUCGAACUGAGAUUUGAAUAAUUAUACGGAGUGAAGCAUAUGACAAUUACCAAAAACCCACCUUUCCAUUUCACUCCUUGGUUAAUAUAACUAUGUGUAAGUUAGGCACACCUCCAUGUUAAAUGUUUAACCAAUAGAUGUAGAUUUUACACUUUUAAAAAGUGGCUGACAGAACCAAAGCACUUCAAUACUCAAAGCAUUACAAGACUCUGUUAUUUUAAUACUCUGAGAUUAGGAAAAGUCUUUGUUACUGGAGUUGGUGUAAAACUACCUGAUCAUCCCAAACUAUGUAUUAAGAUGCAGUUUAUAUUAAAAAAGGAACCCUGACAUUUAUUGUAAUGGGCUGCCUGACUUCUUGUAUAUGUACCGAAUUUGCUGUGUAAAAAUUCUGUAUCAGAAUAAUGGCAGUAUAUUAUUUGAUUUAUUUUAAUAUUAUAACAUUAUUUUG